CGGGUUGUUGCAGCCCUAGAAAGACGACUGAUUAUGAAAAGGUGAGAUUAAUUUAGAUUGUUAAUGUAUAGUUAAGACUUGUUUUUAUGUUGAAUAUGUCACCCAAUUGUCCGUGUUAUUCUAUAAGCGGUAUUGUGUUUCCUGUGCACAUUUGUCUUUGGGUCAGCGUGAGGUGCGUAAUAGGGGUGGGGCGUUUCGGAAGCAUGGUGACGACCGCCCGCUUCAGCACGCCGGAUAGCGCCCGUUGCGACCCGCGAUGGACGCGGCCGAUGCGGCUUGCGCGGCGUUCCUGGCGGCGCUCUCCGCGCUGUCUCUCGCUUCCAACCUGUCGGUGCUGCUGUGCUUCGCCCGCAGCGCCGACAUCCGCCGCCAAGUGGCCGGCGUGUUCAUCGUCAACCUGUCCGUGUGCAACGUGGUGACGGCGGCGCUCCACGUGCCCGCCACGGCGGCGGGCGUCGCGCGGCGGCGGCAGCCCUUCGGCGAGCGGCCGUGCCGCGCCGUCGGCUUCUUGGAGCUCUUCCUGACGGCCAACGCGGCGCUGAGCGCGGCCGCCCUCAGCGUGGACCGUUGGGUCGCAGUGGUCUUCCCGCUGAGCUACUCCAGCCGGAUGCGGCGCCGAGACGCCGCGGCGAUGCUGUGCUACACCUGGCUGCACUCGUUCACCUUCUCCCUGGCGGCGCUGCUCUUCUCGUGGCUGCGCUACAGCGACGCGUACGCGUCGUGCACCCUUCAGGCGUCGCGCGACUCUGGCUACGCCGCGUUCACGAUGCUCUUCCACGCCAGCAGCUUCGCCUUGCCGCUGCUCACGCUGUGCGUGGCCUACCUGAAGGUGCUGCGGGUGGCCCGCUUCCACUGCAAGAAGAUCGACGUGGUCACCGUGCAGACCCUGGUCCUGCUCGUCGACGUGCACCCGAGCGUGAAGCGGAGGUGUUUGGCCGAGCAGAAGAGGAGAAAGCAGCGAGCCGUCAAGAAGAUCAGCGUUUUCAUCGGCUCCUUCAUCGUCUGCUUUGGCCCCUUGGUCUUCACAAGGUUGGCCGAGCUUCUUCCUUUUGUGGACGUGGACCGCCGCUGGGGUCUGGUCAGCAAGUGCUUGACCUACAGCAAGGCGGCUUGCGAUCCCUUCGCCUACUGCCUCACACGGAAGCAGUACAAGAAGGUCUUGACCGACACGGCCGAGCGGCUUCUCCGCCGCAAGGCGUACCCGUCGUCCGGCCGCAACAGCUCGGUGCGCUUGGAGAACGACUACUGCCUCCGAAGGAUCGGCUGAGCAAAGACGUUCUUUGGUUUUGGGUCUGGAGUUUUCAAACUCCUCAUUAAGAUAAAUAUUUGACUUCUCAAGUCGUCAAUGGGGGUGAAUGUGUCACCAGGAGUGGUGGUUGCUAUGAACUUCUUUCUUCAGCAGUCAACGUGGCGAGUGGUUUCCCAGAGCGACUCGCCACUCAGCAUUUUCACUAGCCACAAUUUUGUUGUCGGAAUGCCGCCCUUUUAAAUGCAAAUGACCCUGUUGCACACCCAAAAACGAGACGACAUAAAUGGUUUAACGCUACAAGAACCAGCGCACGUCAGACUUCGGUCCGAACGAGCCCACUGACUUCGGUGAGUCUCUUUUAAAAUAGAAGCCUGAAUAGGAUCGAAAAAGGAAUAUCCUGCAUUUCAACUCUUUGUCUCAGUUGUACAAUCAGUAUCCGCAGCAAUAGACUUUAAUUCUGCUUUUCAUAUUUUGCAAAUACUGUAGUAGCGAACAAAAUUAGUCCCUCAAAAACAUGGGGGGGGGGGGGGCAACAUUACACUGUAUUCUUAUGUGAGUUUUGUCCUGUGGUUAAUGACCUGUCUCGUCUCGCAAAUUUGUGCAAUCUCGUGUUUG